AUGGCUUCCGGAAGGAGCCGGCUUCUGUGUCCCAAACUGCGCCACGCCGCCUCGGUGACUUGUAGCGGCGCAGCGGCCCGCGAGCAGCCGCAGCGCAGGUGCGUGUGGUCUUCGCCGCCGCGAUCGGCGGUUCCCAGCUCGCUGAGACUCAACCACGCCAUCCAGUGCGCCGAGAAGCUGACGGGCCACAACACCAGCCGCGUCUCGGAGAAGCUGAUGAACAUGGGUGAACUGCACACAUUCCUGGGCACCGUGGCCAAGAUGAUGGGAAGCCAGCACCCCAUCGUGGAUUCCGAAGCGCCCAAAAAGCCGCCGCCGCCGAAGCAGCCUCCCGUGAAGAAGCCGCCUGCAAAGCCACCUGCAAAGCCGUCUAUGAAGCCGUCUACGAAGCCGCCUACGAAGCCCAAAGAACGGGAGAAAUCACAACUGCGUUCGAGCUUGCGCGGCCAGGAGACCCGGUUCGCCGAGGAGGCAACCGUCAGGGAAGUGUCCGCAGCAUCAGCUGGUGACACAUUACGUGAGGACUUCACCAAAACCGAACAGGAAGGUACGGAAGAAGGCACUCCACCUGUGCUGACAGAGGAGCAGCGCACGCUGUUCUUCGACGACGGCCGACGGCGCAUCGACAUCGUGCUCGCCUACGAGCUGGCCGACAACCCGCUGCACGAGCGGUACCGGCGAAUCUUCCACGAGAACAUCGUCGCCGAGGGUCUGGAGAUCGAGAUCGAGAACGCGGAGGACUCCUUUGACGGGUACACGUACUUCGUGAAAGUGCACGCACCGUGGGCCGUGCUCACCAAGUAUGCCGAGCAGCUGCACCUUCGAAUGCCUGUCAAGAAAAAGGGUCCAGCCAUGGCGUUCCCCAAGAUUAAGAUCAAGCCCGGCGAGAAGCCUCUCUUUCCAGACAUGAAAGCCUUCGAGAGUGACUCUGUGGAGAUCGAAGUGGUGGGAAAAGCACCGAGCAAGAAGAAGAUGUCCCGGCUCAAGUCUCCCUUUCCCUACGACAAGAAGCUCAUCCCCGAUGAGAACGAGUUCUACAACGCAGAAUUCGUUCGGCAGCGGGAACGCAUGUACCUCAUAUCUAACAGGGACACCUUCUUCUCUCAAGCCAUGCGCAGUCGGAUAACAUGGGAGGUGCUCACUCGGGCCAAAUACGACGAGGCAGAGCACCAGAGAGGCGAGUCACCAAGGCCCACUUUGUUUUCGACGAAUUCCUGAAAAUGCUAGACCGCCCGCCAUUAUCAAUCUUACCGUCACCGUUUUCCAACGGAGA